AUGCUCAAAACCCUAGGUGGGCGGGUAUCUUUUCUUCUGCGGGUCAAUAAAACGAGCGUGUUUCCUUUACUACAUGCAGAUCGUUAUUCGACAAAAAGACUGAAAAUGAGUUUAACUGUUGAUGAGCGCAAAGAGCAUCUUGAACCCCUUUUGGGACUUGGAUGGCAAAUGGUAACUGGAAGAGAUGCAAUCCAGAAAGUUUUCCUUUUCAAAGAUUUCAAUGAGGCUUUCGGAUUCAUGUCCAGAAUAGCUUUGAAAGCUGAGAAAAUGGAUCAUCAUCCCGAAUGGUUCAACGUAUACAAUAAGGUUGAUAUUACUCUCAGUACUCAUGAUGUUAGUGGAUUAUCUGUCAGGGAUAUCAAAUUGGCAACUUUCAUCGAGGAAACCCGCAAAUAA